AUGACGACCGAAUACACCCCCGAGCACAUCGACACUGCCAACAACGUUGGCGAGAUCAUCGCGGUAGUCCAGGAGGAGAUCAGUUGCCUCAAGGGAUUCGUGGCCGAGAGAGAUGUAGACGUCGUUCAUCGGUCAAUCAAGGGCAUCGGCACCAAAGAAGGCAACCUCAUCAACACGCUGUGCAACCGCACCAAGAAGCAGAUCGACGCCGUGGACUUGCUCUACCACGAGACGCACGAGAGCAGCCUGCUCAAGGCUGUCAAGAGCGAUGUCAGCGGCAACUUCGGCAAGAUGAUCACGUACUCCCUCCUCGAGGUGGACGCCUUCGGAGCGGAAGCGUACACCAUCGCCACUAAGGGGCUUGGCACCAAAGACCACGUUCUGAUCGACCUCGUCCACACGCACACCAACGCUCAGUUGGCGGCCAUCAAGAAGAAAUGGGAGGCCAAGAACAACAAGUCCAUGCUCGACAACCUGAACUCGGAGCUGAGCGGCAACGCUCGCAAGAUCCUGGUGAUGAUGCUCAUGGGCCACAAGAGCGAGUCGGAGGAGGUGGACUGCGACCUGGCCAAUGAACAGGCGGCCGCUUUGCACGCGGCAGGCGUCCAAAAGCUGAUCGGCACGGACGACGACGUGUUCCUCGACAUCUUCGGACGUCAGUCGCGCGCGCAGAUCCAGGCCAUCAAGGCGGCGUACGAGCAGAACCACGGCAUGUCUCUCAUGAAGGCCGUCAGCAAGGAGUGCAGCGGAACCUACAAGAAGUGCCUGCUGGCUUGUCUCUUCCCCACGUCUGAGGCGUACACGGCGUACGCUCUCUUCAAGGCCUUCGAGGGUGUGGGCACGGACAACGACCGCGUCACGCGGCUGCUGGGCGGCACCGACAAGAGGAAGAUGGGCGCGGUGGCCGCCUACUACCUGCAGACCUACGGGAACUCUCUGGUCGAGGACCUCAAGGACGAGCUCAGCGGCACUUUCUUGAAGGCAGCGCUCUGCUGGGUGGCUGGCCCCGACCCCACCGGCGGCAUGGAGUACGUGACGGAGAAGGCGCUAGCCGAGAACGACCCUUCCAAGCAGAAAGACCUCGCCAAGGCUCUCCUGCAAGAGCGCGCCAACAUCAAGGACUUCAUCUGUCAGGCGGACUGCGGAGACAUUCGCGAGGCAUGCAAGGGUCUCGGCACGAACGACUCCCGCCUGGUUUCCAUCAUCUGCGGCCGCACCAAGAAGCACCUGGCGCGCGUGGACCAGUACUACCACUCCCUUUACGGCAUGUCGGUAGAGGCGCAAGUGAAGUACGAGUGCUUCGGGGUCUACAAGGACUUCCUGUCGUACGUGCUGCUGCCCGAGGCCGACUUCGACGCCCUGAUGCUCAAGAAAGCCAUGGAUGGUCUCGGCACUAACGAAGGCCUCAUCAUCUCCACCCUCGCCCCCCUGAGCAACGCCCGCAUCCUGGCCGCAAAGGCCCGCCACGACCAGAAGUACCCCAAGCCCCUGAUCGACCGCCUCAAGUCGGAGCUCAGCGGCGCCAUGGAGGACGUCGUGUUGGCUCUCAUCCGGGGGGAGAGGCAGGAGGACGUCGUGGACGAAGGCCUGGCGGUGCAGCAGGCCCAGGAGCUCCACGCCGCGGGCAUCGGGAAGAGGCUCGGCACCGACAAGAAGACCUUCAUCCGUAUCCUCACGCAGGCCUCCCGCCCGCAGAUAGAGCUGAUCCGCCAAUACUACGAGCGCAACCACGGCAUGUCGCUCGAGAAGGCCAUCAAGAAGGAGUGCUCGGGAAGCUUCGAGACCAUGCUCCUGGCCAUGAUCAAGGACCCCAUCGCCUACUACGCCCUCCUGCUCAAGACGGCCUUCAAGGGCAUCUCGUCCGACAAGAGCGCGAUCGCAAGGGUCCUCGGCGGCAAUGACAAGCCGAUGGUCGAAAAGAUCGCCGAGCUCUUCCUCACCAACUACGGGGAGAGCCUAAUGGCGGCCCUCAAGACCGAGACCAGCGGAAAGUUCCGCCGCGCCGUGCUCACCUGGCUGUGCUCCUCUGACCCCGUGCACCCCGGGGACAAGCUGGCGGAGGCGUUCGAAGGGCUCCCCGAGGACGAGCCUUGCGCCGAAGACGAAGUAGUCGUGGACAGCCAGGACCGGCAGGAAGAGGCCAAGGCGCAGAUGCCGCCUCCGCCAUCCUACGACGAAUUCCAUGACGGAGGAGGAGGAGGCGGCGGAGCCCCCCCUCGCCGGACAGUACGGGGGGGCACCGCCGCCGCAGUUGUACCAGGGCGCCCCCGCCCCCCCCCCAAGUGUACUACGUGUCGAGCGCUCCCCCGGUCGACCCAAUGGCAAGCCUGAUGGCCGGCAUGGGAAUGCUAGGCAGGGGGAUGAUGGCCCAGGUUCAGGGUCACCAAGCGCCACCCCCGCAGAACCACACCCGCGCCCCUCCCCCGCCGUAUGCUGAGGACGACGAGGACGACGACGACGACGAUGAUGAUGACGACGACGACUUCAGCGUGCCCAUGGUCGGCGCUUCGGCAGAGCAGAUGACGGAGCUCAGGCGUCUCGCGCGCCUCCGCACCAAAGCGAUGUACUCCGGCGACGCCGCCAAGGUUAACCGCACGCAGGAAAGGAUCAAGUACCUCAAGUGGCAGAUCGAGAGCGGCUGCUGAGUGUGAUCCGCGAGGGCAAUCAAGUCGAGAGAGGGACCAUCUUUUCCACCGAUAAACAUGGCCACGACACUAGCGGUCAUGACUGACGAUGUGGUCAGGGUUUUAGUUUGACGGCGGGGAAGGUCACUUAGAGAGAAGGUAGCCCGACCGUGUAUGGUUGUAACCCCACAUCGACGAAUAGAUUUCUGUCCGGGUUCUGUAUGUUGUUGAGCGCAGGGGAAAGCCACGGUGGGAGUUCGUGCCCUAUUUUCACGUUAGAGCCUUGGGUGUUUCAACAUGGGCCUCUUGGCGACUUGGCGUCUGGGCGGCUUGUCGCCUUGGUGCUCUAGUGAGAGGAUGCAGAGGGUACCAAUCCUUUCGAAGAUGUGUAAGUUUGGUACGUAAUGCAUAAAAAUCUAUUUUGUACGAAGUAGUUUUCUGCGUUUCGUCGUUUCUAGACGAAAAGGUAAUGAGGCCAAGGACCCAGAGAUGAUCUAUUGGGAAGUUCUUGCCGUGGAGCUUCGGUGACAUCGGCAAGUACCUGCUGAUCUUGAUUGCUUUAGGACCAGGUAGGUUGACAACUAACUCUAGGGAGAGGCCGUCCAUUGUGUGAUGUGCUGGAAAAAUCCUCGUUCUAGGGUUUUCCUAUAGGUUGGUUCCAUCUUUUUUGGGUUUUGUAUUUGUCCAAGUUGCACUCUUGCCUAUUAGAUUGUCGUUUGUGUUUUCUUCGUACGACACUGCUUAAAGCGCUUUUCGGCGUGUAGCGGUACUGGCGUUGGCGACGCGUGGCCACACGCACAGGGAGGGAAAAGAGGUUCAGGCUAAAGAGUUAGCCUCGUUUACUUGCUUAUUUCGUUGUUGGACUCUCAGUGUAGUUCAAUCUCUCCCGUACCGUGGGUCUCGCCAAGGCGCUCGAGUUCUUUGUUCCCAGCGUUGGUACCGUACGCACUUUGGUUACGGACUGCCUCCAGCGUGACUGUCUACGGCAACAGUGUUUCUCGCAACAGAUGAUAGUUUACCCUUUUGGCUCCGUUGUUCCACAAAUCGGAAGUCUGAUGCUCAGCUCAAUGGCUGCCGUAAAUGUCGGUUGGAAGAAAGAUUGUUGGUUAAAAUAGCUGAGGAAGCGGUUGAGGUUACACGCAAACUUGACAAAUUGUCCGCGGACCACAACUAGGGAAUGGAGUAAAGUUGCGGGGGAACAACGUCGACGUCUCGCGUUCUUUGUUGUGCCGUGUUUGGUUUGUUGGGUGUGGAGACGACCUCAAAGAACAUGUCUUCGAG